UUUACCAUUCACGCCACGGCGACAAUUACUUUGAUUGACUUUCGUUUGAUGAACCCUAAUUUCAUCCUGUUCAAUCAAUUUCCCCCCUUUUGACUUCAUCUUUUUCAAUCCCUCAAUUCUCCUUCUUUUCGCAACAUUAUAUUCGAAUUAUUGCUCAACUCUCAAUUAAUUUCUUUUUUAAUCAAUUUCGUAUUGAAUUUUCUUAUAUCUUAUCUCCAGAGUGUUUCGUGUAGCUCUUGCUUUUUUCUGCCUAUUUCGGUUGAUUGAUUCUUCUUGCAGAGGUUUUUCCGGGAUAAGUUCUGGUUUUGGUAAUGAAAAUUUGAAUCAUGGGUAGUAGUAAAACGGAUAAACCAGCUAAAGACCAGAAAACGCCAGUGGAAAUUGCAUCACAUGAGCAAUCUUCGGAUACAAGCACUGCAACUGCAACCGUGAAUGCUGAUUGGGGAGGAUUUCAGGCAUAUUCACCUAUUCCACCUCCUGGCUUCAUGGCUUCUAGCCCCCAAGCUCACCCCUACAUGUGGGGUGUUCAGCCCAUAAUGCCUCCAUAUGGUACUCCACCUCAUCCAUACGUGGCCAUGUAUCCUCAUGGUGGAAUAUAUGCUCACCCAUCUAUCCAUCCGGGUUCAUAUCCCUUUAGUCCAUAUCCGAUGCCUCCUGCAAACGGAAUGGCUGAGGCUUCUGGAACUACUCACGUGAAUGCUGAUGGGGAUGGUAAGCACCCUGAGGGGAAAGAGAAAUUGCCUAUAAAAAGGUCAAAAGGUAGCCUGGGCAGUUUGAAUAUGAUUACUGGAAAAACCAAUGAAGAAGGUAAAGCAACAGGAGCUGUUGCUAAUGGCAUCUGUUCUAAAAGUGCAGAGAGUGCUAGUAAUGGUUCAAGUGAAGGAAGUGAUGCAAGUUCUCAGAAUGACUCUGGAGGAAAACAAGAAGCGCAUGAAGCAGAUGGAUCUCAGAGUGGAAAUCCGGCUCAUGUUACUCAAAAUGGCGUAUUAAAUGUGCCUCAUUCAAUGGUGAAUCAUGCAAUGGCUAUGGUGCCAAUGACAGCACCUGGUGCUCCAGCGGCUGUUCCUGGACCUGCCACUAAUUUAAAUAUUGGAAUGGACUACUGGGGUACUCCUGCUUCGUCAACGAUCCCGGCUAUGCGAGGAAAGGCUCCUUCUGCUCCAGGCAUUGUUCCUACUGGAUCACGGGAUCAGUCUCCUCUUUGGUUGCAGGAUGAAAGGGAACUUAAGAGACAGAGACGUAAACAGUCUAAUAGGGAAUCUGCUCGAAGAUCCAGACUGCGUAAACAGGCUGAAUGUGAUGAGUUGGCCCAGCGUGCUGAAGCUUUGAAAGAAGAGAAUUCCAAUCUAAGAUCAGAACUUAAUCGGAUCAGAAGUGAUUAUGAGCAGCUCAUGGCGGAAAAUACUGCACUUAAGGAGAGAAUCGGUGAAAUUCCUGAAGGCAUAGUAUCCAGCCGAGCAGAACUUAGCAUGGCUGGUGAAACUCAGGAGAGCGGCAAAACUGAUAAUUAAGAUUUGAGUCAUUGCCCAUUUGCUUCCGCCAGUUUUUGAGGAGCAUAAACUAACCUAGUUACAUGAAAUCAUUAGUACACAACCAAAUUUCUCAAUUCUGACUUUCUAGUUUCAGGAUCUAGUGUCACAUAUCAUUCAUAACACAUCUUUCUGGUGAAAUCUUAUCCUUUUGGGAUCGGCAUGCACUUGAUGAGAUUGCGGCAUGCGCAAGGUUUCCAUUUACAUGUUGUGGAAUAGAUAGUAGUAGCGGUUCAUAGUCUUAAGAGUUUAUCGCCCUAAAUGCGGCUUUUACACAAGUGAAUGUAGAAUCAAUGUAGUUGUAUAGGGAAGAUUUCAAAAUGUUUAGACUUAUGUAUUGCCAUGUCCAUAUUUGUUGCUAGGGCAUGAUUGAUUCUCUAGUGUAAAAUAGAUUUUGCUUUUUUGGGCAUAUUUGUGGGAAUAUGAACAGAUUUUGAUAUCUCUAACAAUUUCUUUUGAGACUUGCAUUUCUCUCUUUCAAGAGGUU